AUGGGAAUAUAUGAAAAAGGAUUUGAAAGGCCUUCUCCUAUCCAAGAAGAAAGUAUUCCUAUUGCUCUCACCGGUAGUGAUAUUCUUGCGAGAGCUAAAAAUGGUACCGGAAAGACUGCUGCAUUUUGCAUUCCUUCUCUUGAAAAGAUUGAUUCAGAUAAAAAUGUCAUUCAAGUUGUUAUCUUAGUUCCAACAAGAGAACUAGCACUUCAGACGUCCCAAGUAUGUAAGGAACUAGGAAAACACUUGAAAAUUCAGGUGAUGGUUAGCACCGGAGGAACCAGUUUGAAGGAUGAUAUCAUGAGAUUGUAUCAACCUGUGCAUUUGUUGGUUGGAACUCCUGGAAGAAUACUCGAUCUCACCAAAAAAGGGAUAUGCGUUUUGAAGGAUUGUUCAGUGCUUGUUAUGGAUGAGGCUGAUAAGCUGUUAUCUCCAGAAUUUCAACCUUCAAUAGAGCAGCUGAUCGCCUUUCUUCCCCCAAAUCGGCAAAUAUUGAUGUAUUCAGCUACAUUCCCAGUAACUGUAAAAGAUUUUAAAGAUAAAUAUCUGCGGAAGCCUUACAUCAUCAAUCUUAUGGAUGAGCUCACACUCAAAGGUAUAACCCAGUAUUAUGCUUUUGUUGAAGAAAGACAGAAAGUUCACUGCCUCAAUACGCUCUUCUCAAAGUUGCAAAUUAACCAGUCGAUAAUCUUUUGCAAUUCCGUGAACCGAGUCGAGCUGCUUGCCAAGAAAAUCACGGAGCUAGGUUAUUCUUGUUUCUAUAUUCAUGCCAAAAUGCUGCAAGAUCAUCGUAAUAGAGUAUUUCACGACUUCAGGAAUGGUGCUUGCCGGAAUCUUGUUUGUACUGAUUUAUUCACUAGGGGAAUUGACAUCCAAGCUGUCAAUGUCGUCAUAAACUUCGAUUUCCCCAAGAACUCAGAAACCUAUCUCCACAGGGUGGGUCGCUCGGGAAGGUUUGGCCAUCUUGGGUUGGCUGUGAAUUUGAUUACAUAUGAAGAUCGCUUCAACUUGUACAGGAUUGAACAGGAGCUUGGCACAGAGAUAAAACAGAUCCCGCCUCAUAUAGAUCAAGCUAUUUACUGUAUGUGA